GUCACGAAGUGUUUAGGGCAGGUAUUUUGGAUGUAAAUGACCUAUGGGUGUGAUGAUCGUCCUGGCGUACAGAUGAUACAAAGGCCAUGCUGACCAGACGACGGUGGCACCACAAAUAUGGCGUCGUCCAGCAGAUCCAAGGAAAAGCUCACAGACGCCCGUCCCUCAGAGGACGACCUGGAAAUAAUAGAAAACGGAGGCUUAAGUCCACAGCCAUCCAUCAAAACGGACGACGAUGCAAACUCCGAAAUCGUCCGCAUCGAGGAGAGGGCUGACGAGGAGGAAAAGUACCAUAACUCCACGUUUGGGCGAUUUGUUCGGACAUUACAGCUUAUCAAAGCAUGGGCUUCUGGAGGCAGACGGAGCCAGCUCCGGCGCCCGGAUUCCUUCCUGGAGCGCUUUGCCAUGGGCGGGAAGGAGAUGUCUGGAGAGAAUGGACGAGAAGGUCGCCGGAGAAAACUCUCCGACAUCAAGUACUGGCGAGCAUUCCUCGUGGACCCCUCAGAGAACUUCUACUACCGCUGGAUAGGCGUCGUCUCCGCAUCUGUGAUGUACAACCUGAUCCUAGUUGUUGCCAGGGCCGUCUUCUUGGAAUUACACAGCUCCUAUCUGGCAUUAUGGCUAUCAUUGGAUUACCUCAGCGACUUUUUAUAUCUUGUGGACAUGGGAAUACAGAUGAGAACAGGCUUCUUGGAACAAGGUCUUCUCGUUCGGGAUCCUCUGAAACUACGGCAGAACUACACGAAGUCUGUCCGGUUUAAGAUCGACAUCUGUAGCAUCCUGCCCACUGAUAUUUUUUACCUUAUUCUCGGGGUGAACACGCCUAUACUGCGGAUUAACAGGUUACUGCGGAUUAUGCGCGUGAAAGAGUUCUUUGACCGCACAGACACGCGAACAAAUUUUCCGAACAUGUUUCGGAUAAUGAGUCUGGUUUUGGUGAUAUUGGUUAUCAUUCACUGGAACGCUUGUUUGUAUUUCGCAAUAAGUGCAUCAAUAGGAUUUGGCACGGACAAAUGGGUGUACCCGAACGUCAGCGAUCCCUUAUUUAAACCUCUCACGCGGAAGUACUUGUACAGUUUCUACUGGUCCACUUUGACUCUAACCACCAUUGGAGAAACUCCUCAGCCCAUUAAGGAUGUGGAAUUCUUGUUUGUUGUUGUUGACUUCCUAAUAGGUGUGCUCAUUUUCGCCACGAUUGUCGGAAACGUGGGUAGCAUGAUCUCUAAUAUGAAUGCCGCACGUGCUGAGUUUCAACAAAAGAUGGACGGUGUAAAGCAAUACAUGGAGUUCCGAAAAGUAAGUAGAGACUUAGAACAAAGGGUAAUUAAGUGGUUUGACUACCUGUGGACUAACAAACAGUCUCUGAACGAAGAGGAAGUACUUUCAGCUUUGCCCGACAAGCUCAAAGCUGAAAUGGCCAUCCAUGUCCAUUUAGACACGUUAAAGCGUGUCAGUAUUUUCCAAGACUGUGAACCGGGGCUUCUGGUGGAAUUGGUGCUAAAGUUACGGCUUCAGGUGUUCAGUCCAGGAGACUACAUCUGCCGGAAAGGAGAUAUUGGUAAGGAAAUGUAUAUCGUGAAAAAAGGUCGUCUCAGCGUCGUUGGCGACGAUGGUCAUACGAUAUAUGCCACUCUGAUCGAAGGCAGUGUGUUCGGAGAAGUCAGUAUAUUGAAUAUCGCAGGGAAUAAGACCGGCAACCGAAGAACGGCCAACGUUCGCAGUAUUGGGUACUCCGAUCUUUUCUGUCUUUCCAAAGACGACCUGUGGGAUGCGCUCACGGAGUAUCCCGAAGCCAAAAAGAAGCUCAUUGAGCGAGGCCGCCAAAUUUUGAUGAAAGACAAUCUGCUGGACGAAGCGGCCAUGCGGAAGGAGGAACAAAGGCAAGAGAGCGUGGAGCAACGGGUGGAUCGUGUAGACGUUUCCUUAGACCACCUCCAAACACGCUUCGCUAGGCUUCUGGCAGACUUCAAUAGCACCCAACAGAAACUCAAACAGCGAAUAACAAAACUAGAGAAAAUGCUCAGCAAGGAAAACCAAGACGACGAUGCUAUAUCGAGAGCGUCUAAUGACGCAAUAUCCCGAUUGUCAGUUUCAGAGACCGCCAGUUAGGUUGGGAACCUUAUAUUGCAUUACAACAAAACCCCAAAAACAUGCACCAACGUUGGAAGGCCGGGUUAGUUUUCAUGAUGCACGUUCAUCCGUGUUGCACAAACUGUGAAGAAAAUGUAUUCUAUAAUGUUGGAGGAAGGAGAGGGCUUCAAACGAACAUAUACGUUUAAACUACGUUUUAGGGAGGGCAAUUCUCAAUAGCCCUUGAUGUAAGCAAUCUGUCUGUUUAUAGCAGAAGCCAGGCGAGCAGAGCUAGCAAACCGGGACCAUAAGCUACGCAUACAAAACCGUCCAGUGUGCCGAUCUGACUUUGUACAGCUUCCUCAAGGCCUUAUACACAGAUAGACUGUGUACAGGAACUGCAAUGUGACUUAUUACUUUUACUAUUCCGUUAGAUUUAAAGAUAUGUACAAAUUUGUCUGUGGUAUGAUGGAAUGUUAGGCCACUCACAAUGAAACUCAGUUAACGUGCAAGCAUUUUGAUCGCAAAUCAUGAUUAUUGCCAAACUGUCCAUUUACGUAAAUAAUUAACGGUCAGAUAUCCUUACGUCACCAGUAUCGGAAUUAGUGAGAUGCAUGACAUUUCCUUCCAGUUUUCAUAUUAGUCAGAGCGCAAUCCGGGCAUGGUAUACAUGAAUAUGAACAAAACACGCCAUGUAAAGUAAUGGGCACUUUUCCAAUUGACAAGCAUAUUGCAGUAGAAUAUCGUGUUGCCAGGACAACGGUUAUUGUGGCCUGUUACCAAUUCGACGGUUGCUAUGGUAUCGCUUAGUAUAGACACGACAGUUAAGGUUCACAGGAAACAAAACUAUAGUAAUGAUAAAUGUACUCAACAUUUAUAACCUGAAAACAUUAUAACGCUGUUAAUUUUAAGGGAUUACGGCUAUAACGUAUUGCGGUUCCUUCUAUAAUGUGAAGUUAGUAGAACAUAACUUGGCCAUGUAGGCAGAAUCUUUGUCUCUUCGUAAAAGAGGCAGUUCAUAUUAAUUAUCUAUGCAGACAAUUUCCAAACGUAUUAUACACAAACAUCACAGUAGAUUUUCCAGACUUAUAUGUUACUGUGUGUGACAUUAAACACAUCCCUUUCAUAAUACAGUAUGUAUUUCUAGCACGCCAUUGGUCAGGAUCUCGUUUGCUUUGCCCUCUUUAUCGCAUAACCGAUAGUGAAUUUGUUUCCUCGCAUUAAUUUUGCUAACAUUUCAUAUAUAUAUAAUUUUAAGACUUCACAGCAGGCUCUGUAGUCUAGAUUGCUUGUUUCAAAUCAACCCAACCGGUAAAUUCCACGCUUAAUAACGUUGCUGAACACAUAGAAAUAUCGCGUUAAUAGACGAGAAGGACCAGAAAGGUUGCAAUUAACUUAGCAUCGAACAAAACCAUGUCGACUACUGUUCCGUUAUUUGUCAUCAUGCUAUCGAGUUUUAUAUAACAGCUAUGUUGCUCCAUCUAUUCUAAAAUCUAACGGAUCGUGUAAUAGAUCAAAUGCUACAAGCAGGAAUAGCCAGUCCAUGAUACGUAAAAACCAUGAAGAAGUUAUAGCAGUGGCUUUAUAACCAUACCAACUAUUUUGUUGUCCUUUAUAUUUAAAGUCUUUUGAUUAAAGUUUAUUAAAAUUAUGUACAAUUUCUGAUCGGUUUAUUUUAAUGUGGCUAUUAAAGACAAAACUAAUUCCACUGAGCUGAAGGUUUGGUACUUUUUUUGUUCCAUGUAUCGUGAUAUGUUACCAUGUUGUAUUCCAUAAUAUUCUAAAAGCAAAUAUACCUUAUUGGGAUUUGAUUUCAUGCCAUUUUUUUUUAAAGAAAUCUAUCCGUUUUAGUGUUAUUAAAUUGCAAAGCCCGAGACUAACUACAUUUUAGUUUAAAAAGGUUUAUCUACAUCAGACUCUGAGUAUAUUGCUAACCACAACAGGUUUAAAUCAACACGUUCAAUAUAACGCGUACAAUCUUCAUAGAUACGAUGACACAAAUUGUCCAUUCCGUAUGCCAACCGUGCAGAUUGAGAAGUGCUACUUGCACUAUUAAAACCGAACAAUGCGUUUAAACAGCUUUUUCAGAACACUCCCACUCAGAGUAGCGAGCAUAGUUCUAAAGAAUUUCCCUCUGGUUGCACGACA